AUGGCACCUAUAGAACUCAAGAAAUUGAAGGAACAGUUACAUGACCUGUUGGAUAAGAGUUUCACCCGACCUAGUGUAUCACCCUGGGGAGCCCCUGUUCUAUUUUUCAAGAAGAAGAACGGGUCUCUGCGGCUGUGUAUUGAUUAUAGGGAGCUAAAUAAGUUGAGGAUCAAAGAAGUGGAUAUACCCAAGACCGCCUUCAAAAGUUGUUAUGGACAGUACGAGUUUCUCAUUUUGUCUUUUGGCGUUACCAAUGCACCAUCAGUUUUCAUGGAACUAAUGAACAGGGUAUUUAAGGAAUUCUUAGACACUUUUGUCAUAAUGUUCAUCAACGACAUUCUGGAUUUCUCCAAAAUUUCCUCAGCGCUAACUCAGCUCACCAAGAAGUCCAAACCCUUUGCUUGGACUUCAGCUUGUGGACAAAGUUUCCAGGAAGUCAAGAAGAGGUUGAUGAUCGCACCAGUUCUUACAGUUCCAGAUGGGUCAGGAAAAACCAACGUUGUAGCAGAUGCAUUGAGUAGGAAGGCUGUGUUUACUUCUGCGAUGAUCACUAAGAAGGAAAAAUUACAAGAUAAGAUAAAGAGGGCUGGGAUAGAUGUGGUGGUUAAAGGUGGUAUUGUUCAGAUGGCACAAUUGACCAUACAGCCCACCCUACGAAAGCACAUUAUUGACGCUCAGAGGUCUGAUGAACACCUUAGUAAAGUGUGGAGUCAAAUUGAGACAGAGAGACCAGCAGGGUAUUUUAUCUUCUUAGAGGUCUGA